AUGCCCCGGAUACUCUGCCUCCACGGCAAAGGCACCAGUGGUGCCAUCUUCAAGUCUCAAACGUCUGCGCUGCGCGCUCGAUUAUCUGACCUACAAAUCGACUUUGAAUUUGUCGAUGGGUUUUACUCCUCCGAUCCAGCUCCAGGGAUCGACCUCUUCUACCCACCCCCUUACUACUCCUUCUGGGAGCAAGACAAUAUCGAAGCCGUCUUCCACAGUCGCGACUGGCUCGUGAACUACCUAAGAACCAAUGGCCCGUACGAUGCCCUCAUGAUGUUUUCGCAGGGAUGCGCUGUCGGAUCAUCCACCGCCCUUCUUCAUUUGCUCGAAGAGCCAAAUCAGCCCUUGCCCUUCAAAGCUGCCAUCUUUAUCUGUGCGGGAGUGCCACUACGCGUGUUGGAAAAGGUGGGGUAUAAGAUUGCCCCCGAGGUCUGGGACAAGGACAUUGUGACUCGGAAGGCACUGGCAGCGCAGGCGGACUCCUCGGCGAUCUUGUCGCAGGGCUCGAUGCGUUGGCAGGGGGAGAAGGGGAUUAGUGCGUCUGAAGCGGAUAUCCGGAAGGAAAUUGCGCCUUCAAAUGUCCAGAUCGACAUCCCGACGGUGCAUAUAUACGGUGAUAAGGAUCCGCGAUGGUCAGCUGGCAUUCAGUUAUCCCAAGCGUGUAAUGCAACCAAGAGGAGGAUGUAUAAUCAUGGCGGAGGACACGAAGUCCCUCGUACGAACGAGGUGACUACCGGUAUGGCCGAGCUGGUGAGAUGGGCACUGCGUGAGGCCGCGGUGAUUGAUGAGUAA